UGCCAAGGCCGUGGCCAAUCUGAUCAACACCACCACCGUCCACAACGCCGACACCCUCCUCCGCCUCGUCACCUCUCGCCCUCCGGGGAUCCCUCUCAUCACCGUCAGCAAUCACAUGUCCACGUUAGUCAGCUAGUCUUCAAUUUGCCUCUAUUAGUAUGUUCUUCGUUCAUGUUCGCAUAUCAUAUUUAUCAACAUGUCUUCCCCAAUGUUUCACAUUUUUUUAAAGAUUUUAGGGUUCUAGGGUCUCUUUGGGCUCCUAUUUUCCAGCGAUAGAGCAUUUGUGAUUUCUCCUUUGGCAUUUUUUUUCAACUUGGAUGAUCCUGUGAUGUGGGGAUUCAAAGGGUUUCCGACUUGUGAUGCAAAAUUGGCAAGAUGGGUAUUGGCUGCUGAGGAUAUCUGCUUUAAAAAAACUGUGUUUUCAUAAUUUUUCCGCCUGGCAAUCUACGAAGAGAGGAUGUAAAAUGGCUUAUAUGGUUGGAGGCUUGGAGCACAUAUUAAAAAAUACGGAGUACGCUAUAAGUUCAAUAUGUCUGCCAAUUUUAAGCUUCUCCGUUGAGCUGCUCUUACCACUAUAGAAAAAGCAGAAAGAAGAGGGCCUUAGUGUUUUUUCAAGCAAAACGCUCAUCAAAUUGGACCCAACAAAAUGCCGCCAAAGAAGAGUAAAUCUCCGCCCUCCGAUCCCCAGGGAAUGUUCAGCAGAAUGGUGGUCUUCUUGGUCGAAGAUGGAGUUCAAACUCGCCGGUUGCAGAUUUGGAAGCAGAGAUUGACGCAAAUGGGGGCCAGCAUUGAGGAAAAAUUAUCCAAAAAUGUCACUCAUGUUUUUACCGUGGAUGCAAAUUCCCUUCUAAAGAAACUUGAUUGCAAACGGUUGGUUAGGUCCAAAGCUAAAGUCCUCUUAUAUCAAUGGGUGGAGGACAGCUUGACUAAAGGUGAAAUGGUGUCUGAAGAUUUGUACACUAUAUCUCUAGAGUCAGGGGAGAAUAGAGAGACUGUCAAGGAAGAUAUCGCAAGUGGUUGUACUGAUAGUGAGCUUACUCCAAAAAAGAGCAGGAUUACUCCUUUUGGUACUGAUAUUGUGAGUUCAGAAGAUAAGUUUCACACAGAAGACCAUUUUGGGCAUCAGUUAGUAGAAUCCUCAUAUAUCUCUCGAUGCUCAUCAAGCCCUGAAAUAAUCAGUGGCGAGGCGCUUUAUCCUUGUGGCAAUGCUGUAAGCACAGGCAAUCCCGUUUCCCAAGUCCCAAGUUAUUCUACAGCUUUUUUGGGAUUCUUUUCCUUCAUAUUUCCUCUAGAUUCCUUCUGAAAGUCACAUAUCUUGUUUGAUUCUAUGCUUCUAUUUCAUUCUUUCAUGUAUGUGGUUUCAGGGUAUUUUGAUGUGUGACUUGUGUCAUCAUUAUACAGGCUGAAAUAUCGAAAUCACCAUUGCUUUAUAAGCCUCCUAAUUUGAACAGGAACAUUACCGAGAUAUUUGGAAAACUUUUUGACAUUUAUACGGGUAAAACUUCUGUGCUCUUUCCAUUACUGUGUAUACUUGGAAAUAAUGGCAUAAGCUUGUUAAAAGUCUAUGUGAAGUCAUCAAUCCUCAAUGACAGCACGUGGUGAUGAUCGACGCUCAUAUAGCUAUCACAAAGCCAUAGCAGUAAUUGAGAAAUUGCCUUUCAAAAUCGAAAAUAUGGACCAGGUUCAAAACCUUCCUAGUAUAGGAAAGUCAUUGCAGGAACAUGUAAGUAAACAGUGUUAUUACAUGUAGCUCUCUUUGCUGGUUGUAUUCUAUAUGUUGAUGGCAUCUCCAUUUUCUUGUGUUAACAUAAGUGAAAGGGUACAAGAUGAAAGGCAACCAUUUUCUUAAUUUCAGAUUCAGGAAAUAGUGAACACCGGAAAACUAUCUAAGUUGGAGCACUUUGAGCAGGAUGAAAAGGUACGGACGAUCAGUUUGUUUGGAGAAGUAUGGGGUGUUGGUCCUGCAACUGCCUUAAAACUUUACGAGAAAGGGCAUCGGACUCUGGAUGACCUCAAAAGUGAAGAAUCACUUACAAAUGGGCAAAGAUUAGGCUUGAAGUAUUUCCAUGACAUCAAAACAAGAAUUCCACGUCACGAGGUUGAAGCGAUGGACCAACUUCUGCAGAAGGUUGGACAAGAGAUUUUACCCGGAGUUAUUAUUGUGUGUGGAGGGUCCUAUAGGCGUGGAAAGGAAUCUUGUGGGGAUAUGGAUUUUGUUAUCACACACCCCGAUGGAGAAAGUCAUAUAGGUUUUCUUCCUCGAUAUCUAAAGCAUCUCAAAGAAAUGAGAUUUUUGAGGGAAGAUUUGACCUUGAGUGUUCACAGUGAGGUAAUUAUCUAUUACUCCAUGGUAUAUGUGUUCUUAUUCAUCAUUUUGUAUGCAUUUAUGAUUAUGGGUGCCUUUAUUUUGCAUUUUCAAAAAGAGGUGAUUUUGAUUUUAGAAUUAGGUGCUCUAAAAAUCACGAGUAUAUGUGCUAAUCACGAGGCAAGGCGGUUACCCAAAUCU